UUAGUCUUCUGCUUCUCUCUGUUUAAUUUUUCAGGCCACUCAAGGGACCUGCUUGUUAUCGUACAGUUUCUCAGUGGAGUGCCCUGCCACUCAAAGGCACUCUUUCCUCCUGCUGGCUAGAGAGGCAUUUUCAAUAGGCCUGCUCACCAAAGCAGAGGGGGAGCUGGUCACCAGUAAACAGGAGCUUCACACGUUCCUCAAAGCUGCGUAUUCUCUCACUGUCACUCACAAAUGGCUUGGAACUCCUUCGUUAGUUGUGGCGAAGGCAACUGAAGCUUGCCAAAAGGCUUUAGCACAUUUUUACGAUUACUCCAACGCAGAAACGCAAGAUAAAGACAGUCUGUGUGCUGAAAUCAUGCAGCUGGUCGCCCAAGUCAAGCUUCUGUUGCGAGUGGAUCCUUUCAACAAUUCAGAGAAGGGGUCUUUUAUUCCCGACAGCUACAGGAACACCGAAGACACAUCGGUGGAUUUCACUCUGGAAGGUUUCGCCAAGGUGAUGCAGAAAUUCCAAAAGUAUCAUGCGUCACUGUGCGAAACAACCAACACAAACUGUAAGGGGACCAAAGAUGGGGUGAUGUUAUGUAUAACUGCACUGGGGACCACCAUUGGUACAGAAUGUGGCACAGAGGCCUGCAAAGUACAACCAAAAGGAGAGGAGCCACAACAGGGAGUUUCAAGGUCAUCUGAUGGGCCCCCACCUCAAAAAUCAGACAUGUGUACCACUCUAGGAAGCACAGAUAACCUUGGCUCUUCGUGGCAGAACUUCUCCUUGAGUAGUUCAGGGUCUCCCAGGCCCAGAAACAGUGGCUUAAAAGAAAGCAAUGCCGUUGAAAGUGAAGCAAAUGCACGCCAUCAGAGCUGUCUGACCACUGAGGCUGAUGAUGACAAAGUGCUGCAAAUCUCUACAGAAAACAAGAAGCGAGAUGUCAGUUGCAAAAUACCUGCCACUUCCUCCUCCAAUGCAAGUAGUGAUUCAGAGAAGUUUGAGUUGAUACAAGUCGGCAUAGAGACACUGGUCACUGAGGAAGAUUGGAUGAGUGAUGGUGGAGUGAUGCUUCAACCGUCAGUAGCUGAAGGAGAAGUGCAAUCUUUAUCCCAGCUAGCUAUCAAAGCCACCUCCAGCUCCCUUAGUGACAGCUUCGGUUCCCAGUCGUCAUGGGAGAAAAUUCCAGCUGACCUGAUCUCACCCACAACCGGAAAACCGCAGCCAAGCAGCCUGUCAAAAAGAGGAACUGGCCAAAGCAGCCAGUCACCAGGGUCAGAUGGGAGCUUCUUCCUUUUGGAGACACUUGAUACCGAAAGCAACGAUUCGGUUCGUGAUCCCACACACAAACACCCUGUGGAGAGCCUGAAUGUUGACCCAAAAAUGGAGACCAAAGUUGACUCUAUAGCAAACCCACACUCUAACCUUUCCCAGUUUGUCCCAGCACAGUGUGAAAGCUCCACAGAGAGUUCAUUUGAGAUGCUGGGUGAUCCUCAAAGUGGACACCAAAGUAGCACUGAUUCUCCAGAUCUUCCUCAGGUGAAGAACCCCCUGUGCUUCAGCUGCCUGAGGAACAGCCCUGUAGCUGCUGGUGUCCCUCAGAGUCAGUAUGUGUUGUCGCAGGAGGAUUACCUAGCCCUACUGGCCGGGGUUUGCCAUGCAUGUCUGCUGAAGAGACUUCACAGUGACGAGACACAAUUCAAACUCAAGACACACAGAUCUGCCCACAAUGCCCUUCAUUUGAAGUUCUCCAAGGCCACAGGAAUGUGGACAGCCAGAGAGACCUGUGUUUACAUCGGGAAGCCAAUGGGGAUACAGGGCAAGCAGAGAACAGCAAUAUGGGUGCAGUUCUUACACCAAGAGGAGAGGUUAAGCAGUUAUGUUGGGAAAGAUUACCUGAAGCCAAAGGAGAUCCAGUUCCACCUGAAAGAUGUGGAGAGACAGAUGACAGCCCAGUACUAUGUGACUGAAUUCAACAAGAGUCUAUACGACAAGGAAGUCAUGGCUCAGAUCUUCUUCAUUCCCUCCGAAGCACUUCUGAUUUUGAAUGGAGAUGAGAUUGCGGGCUGUGUAACAGUGGAGCCCUUCAUGCUUGGAGACUUUGUCAAACUCACCAACAACACGGGGAAGAAGGACAAGAGUUUCCAGGCUACGGAAUACGGCCUCGCUUUUGGACAUUUUACCUACCUGUUCUCUGACUGCCAGGAGGUUGUUGUCGACCUUCAAGGGUGGGUGACAGCCAAUGGAAAAGGGCUGACGUACCUCACUGACCCCCAGAUUCACUCCACCAAGACCCCCAAAGGACCCUCCAAUUUUGCUGACAGAGGCCUCAGGUACUUCCUGGAGGAGCAACAUGGACCAGAGUGCAAUGGCAUUUGCCAGCUGCUCAAAUUACCUCGAGUGCUCAGACAGCCACAUGUUCUGCCUUAGAAACUCUGAGGAGUUGCCAAGAAAUUGACCUUUUUAUUACCUAAUCAGGGGAAGGUUUUAUAUAUAAGUUGUUUGGCUUAUUCAAUAUGAGUAACAUGCCAUUAAUAAAGUGACUGAAACUUGGUGCCACAUGAUUUAGCCAAAAUGAACCGAGUUACAAUCAUACAACUGAUAUUAAUUAUGUUUUUGUAUCUACCUGGUCCUAAUAACCUCAGACAUAAUACAUUAGCACACCUUUCUUGUAGUUAUGACUCGCAUACAACCAAUUUUCCCCCAAAAUAUAACUCUAAGCUUCUGAUACAAUUGUUUUUUGUUUUUUUUAUCUUGCAAUGAUGGUUAGAUACUUCUUAUUUAAACAGUUGUACAACUUAGCAAUGAGAUCAAAUCAACAGAAUUGUGAUUAUAGUUACAUUAAAUUAUCAUUGAGGUGGUUUAUUGUAUAAAAUCAUACCGUAGAAUUAACAAUUUGGGCAUUUCUUGUAAUUAUUUUCCACAGGGUUACACUGACUCACUUUUUGGAUUUGUCAAGUUAUUGCUAAAGCCCAAAUAUUUAGAAACAAAUAAAGAAAUAAUGCAAUAAAUA